AUGUCGCUGAGUUCAGGCGGUUGGACUCCCACCCCUGGCUUCACUCCGGACCAGUCCGCCGCCCUCCCCACUCACUAUGGGGCCUCGCAGUCACAGCUUGGCUGCCAAACCGUCCUUAUGUCGGUUCGGGUGUCGGUGUGCCACUCUGGUAUUCGGCCGCUGUGUCUUCCGGGAGCAGGUGAUGAGUCACUCCGCCUGCAGCUUAGCAUGGACCCGGGGAAAUCCGGGGAAUUCCGGCUGUCGCUCCAGGACAGCAGCGGGACUGGACGGAGUGUGACCAUCGCUGAGUUUGAUUUGGGGACAGUAAACUAUGAGGUGAAAUCACCAAAGUGCCAUGAGCUGAGUUUGGUGGCGCCUCCACACGAUCGCAUCAGCUUCAACUUCCGCUGUGAGCAGGAGGCCCAGGAAUGGGCUACGGUGGUUUUAUCUUCACUGAGAGAAGCACAAAGAGUCGCCCCUCAGGAUAAUGGUCCUCAGCGCCCCCUGGAUGGUCUCAACCUUCAGAACACCAUGAUCUUGCAACGGACAGAGGAAACCUGCAUAGAGCUGACCCGAGCAAUAGAAGCAGGUGACAUGCAGGCUGCUUCUGCCUUUGCUGCCACGCUUGCACGGCAACACGCUACGCUCAAGAUUCAGCCCUCUGCUGGAGAGUAUGAAGACACUGAAAUCAGCUUGGCUGUUGUAGUUGAGGAUUCUUCUUCGUCCUGUUGCGUCACUGUGAAAGUUUUCCCACACAUGACUACUGCAGCACUGAAACAGCAGAUGUUUCUUGAGUAUGGCUUUCACCCACGUGUGCAGCGCUGGGUGAUUGGUCAGUGUCUGUGCACAGACCAGCGCUCUCUGGCUUCAUAUGGAGUUCAUCAGGACGGUGAUACAGCCUUCUUGUACCUCCUGUCAGCCCGCCAUGCUCGCUUGACCCUACAAGUCCUGCAGCAGGACCAGGAGAGUGCCCUCCUUCUCAGUUCUCCAUCUCUGUCUCUACCCACUCCUCCCCUCCCUGCUACCUCUGCAAACGGCCCCUCCUCUCUGGACCAGAGGCCUUACACCACCCUACCUCCUAGACUCCAUACAAGCAGCAGUACUGAGAGAAGAAACAUCAGUGAGAUCAAAGAUCUCAUCAACCUAGAGAUGCCUCAACUCAAUGAAGCACUGAGCCCCAACACAGCCUCCACCCAGGGUUGGUCGUGCCCUUCUUGCACUUACAUUAACAAACCAACACGGCCAGGCUGUGAGAUCUGCAGUACAAACCGCCCUGAGAACUACAUCAUCCCGGGGGGAUACCGACCUGACCAACUGGAACUCCGACGGAUCCAGCAGGAGAAGGAGGCUAUCAGACAGUACCAGCAGGCUAGGGAAGAGGAGCGCAGGGAGAAUUUUGCCAGGCUGGUGAUGAUGGACAGCCAGGACCUGCUGCCUAACCCAGAGCCCGUGGACUGCAGGAUCUGCUACAUGGACCUGCAGCCUGGAGAGGGGGUCCUGCUGAGGGAGUGUCUCCACUGUUUCUGCAGAGAGUGCUUACGUUCAGUCAUAAUGCUGAGUGAGGAGCCGGAGGUGUCCUGUCCCUACAGAGAUGACACGUAUUCCUGUGCCUGCUCCCUGCAAGAGAGGGAGAUCAGAGCUUUGGUUCCAGCAGAGGAGUAUGAGCGCUGGCUACAAAGAGGUCUGUCAGUGGCAGAGUCUCGAUGUGAGGGCAGCUACCACUGUGCCACUCCAGACUGCCUAGGCUGGUGUGUGUACGAGGACACAGUCAAUGUCUUCCACUGCCCCGUCUGCAGGAAACAUAACUGCCUGAUUUGCAAGUCUAUCCAUGAGGGAAUGAACUGUAAGCAAUACCAGGAUGAUCUUGCAGCCCGCGCUAUAAAUGACUCUGCUGCCAGGAGGACAACGCAGCUACUCAAGACUCUUGUGCAGUCAGGAGAAGCAAUGCACUGUCCUCAGUGUGGCAUCAUCGUGCAGAAGAGGGAUGGAUGUGAUUGGCUGCGCUGCACCGUCUGUCACACUGAGAUCUGCUGGGUAACCAGAGGGCCCCGCUGGGGGCCUAAGGGUCCUGGAGACACCAGUGGAGGAUGUCGCUGCAACGUCAACAAUCAGAAAUGCCAUCCUAAAUGCCAAAACUGCCACUGAGAAUCUCAAAGAGUGGUCAGAUUGUAGAAGGGAAUGAAAGAGUCAACAUGAAAUAGACUAUUUUCGAAAAUAGGGAAAAGAGGUGGAUAGAAAAGUAUGUUUAAGCCAAAACUGACUGACUGUGAAAGAUUGUUACAUACUAUGCAUCCUCCUUGUUAUAACUGGAGACAUUCUCAAUUUCCUCUUAGUAAUCACAGUAACAGAUAUUAUAUGUUGACAUUUAGCGCUGCCUCUCACAAGCAUAGAAAUGCAGGCUGUGUGAUGUUUAACAAGUCAAUGUUGAGUAUAAAUUAAAUUAUCACGUCUGACGUAUGAUAAGGGUGUUUAGAAGACUACAGGGAAAGAGUAUCAACUUGUAUUGCAUGUGGUGCUAUUUUAAAAUGAUUGCACUGCAGAUAUAGCAGUACAAGUGAGUUGUUUUCUGUUUUGUCGGUUACCAGGAUGCAUUGCAUUAAACUUUAGUGGCCUUAUUCUUGUGCACAAAAGCUGUAGCAGGGUGUUUAUGAUGAAGUUUUCUGGGAAACGUGACAAAAUCCUUGUUGCGUCCUUGAUAUGCAAUUUUCUGCAUAGAGAUAGAUCAAACAAGUGUAUGUAUGGUUAUAUUUUUUGUCUUGUGUCGCCAAAGAGGUUUGAAAUGUGUCUGAUUGUUACCCUGAGUCUCUUCUGUUGUUUAACCACCUGACUUUGAGUGAAACCAGUAUGUUUGCACGAGUGCAUCCCUCGCAUUCUUCUGUAUUUGAUAAGGGUGGGUACAGAGGUCACUGUGGUACUGCUGAGUAUUGUAUGAUGACGUCGUCAUUAAUGGCAGUGUGUAUUGAUUAAUAAUAAAAUGUUAAAUGCAAUACUUGAACACACUGUAAGAGAACGCAUGUGUAAACACAUUUUGUCGAUAAGCUCAUAUUCCUGUGAAGGAACUCAAAUAGGAUGCUUAUGGUGAUAUCACCCAGCAGACCUGACAGCUUUUUAAACUAUGUGAAAGCUUUGUAUCCAUGGUAAUAUUAGGAAUAUUUUCAAAUUCAUCUAUGCAUUAAUUUUUUAUUCUAAUAAAUGAAUGGAAGACAACCACAUUAACUCCAGGAUAAGAGCGACAAGCCUCACAAACUGCACUCUGUUACCCAAAAUAAAAAAAGGAUUAACUCCAAAUACAAGGCUAUGCCCUUGACUACACUACUGCCCUACACUGACAAACCACGAAGAGUUCUUCACUGUUACUCGUGUUAAGAUAUCAGCUGUGUGUUGCUGAUGUACCGUUGUGCCUUAAUUAUCAAUAAAAACUCUUUAAACUCUCA